AUGGAGAAAUCGACGAUUUGGGGUCCAACACCCAAUCACCAACGAAUACACGCCCUGGGAGGUGACGAGACCAUCAUAGCCCAGAGCCCCCGUCACAUCCUCUGUGGUUUCAUUGGCCAAGGGCCGCUAGUGCCCACCGACUCGUCCGCCUCUUCGUCUCACAUCGCCCCUGGAGCCGCCCGGCGUUAG